AAACUAAUUGGGAAUAUAACUGAGAGAUUUUGUGAGAAGAUAACCGAGUGGGAAGAUAAGUGAGAGGAAAAAUAAAUGAAAUUUCAGUGUAGCAGGUCUUGUGGAAUUGAUCAAUCACGGUGAUCAAUUGGCUCAUUUGAUCAAUGCGAUUAGCACACGUUUCAUGGGUGGGAGAAUAAAAUUACGUUCCGUUUCACGCAUAUGCGCGCAUUUAUCUAUAAUACACGUCACGUAUAAUAUGAAACGAAACGCAGCCUAAAUGAAGUUUCACUGUAAAUGCAUUGUAGUUUGUCUUUUUGUCCAUAAACAAAACAUCACUUACGAUUUACAAUGGCAACGAUAACGAGACUGAUUAAAAUGAAUUCUCUAAGCAAACGUUUUUACAGUUCUAAAGUCAGAUUGAAUGAUGUUGUAAUAGUAAGUGCUGUACGCACUCCAAUGGGCUCAUUUCUUGGAUCCUUGUCGAGCUUGUCAGCCACUAAACUUGGUGCGGUAGCAGUAAAAGCAGCUGUUGAGAGAGCUGGUAUUGCCAAAGAACAAGUAAAAGAAGUCUACAUGGGCAAUGUGUGCCAAGGCUUCUUAGGUCAAGCACCAGCAAGACAAGCUACAUUAUUUGCAGGUCUUCCACAGUCAACAGUGUGUACCACAGUAAACAAAGUAUGCGCGAGUGGCAUGAAGAGUAUCAUGCUGGCCUCACAGUCUCUGCAAUGUGGCCAUCAAGAGAUUGUUCUAGCUGGAGGUAUGGAAUCUAUGUCGAAUGUGCCAUAUUACUUAGCGCGUGGUGAAACACCAUAUGGUGGAAUAAAACUCCAGGAUGGUAUUGUGUUUGAUGGACUGACUGACGUUUACAACAAAUGUCACAUGGGUAAUUGUGCCGAAAACACGGCAAAGAAGCUUAAUAUCACUCGUCAGCAGCAAGACGAAUUUGCCAUUAGCAGUUACAAACGAAGCGCGGCGGCUUACAAGAAUAAUGCGUUCAAGGAUGAACUUGUACCCGUUAAUGUACCUCAGAAGAAAGGCAAAUCGGAUGUGGUUUUCUGUGAAGAUGAGGAAUAUAAAAAAAUCAACUUCGAGAAAUUUGAAAAACUGAGCACGGUUUUCCAAAAAGAAAACGGAACAGUGACGGCUGGAAAUGCAUCGACUCUGAACGACGGUGCUGCUGCGUUGAUUUUAAUGACCAGCGAAGCCGCUCAAAAACUGAAACUUAAGCCCUUGGCUCGAAUUGUUGCUUUCCAAGAUGCGGCAACGGAUCCCAUAGACUUUCCAAUCGCACCAGCUCUCGCGGUACCUUCGCUGCUUCAAAAUGCUGGAGUUAAUAAAACUGACGUGGCUCUUUGGGAAAUUAAUGAAGCGUUCAGCGUUGUAGUUGUGGCUAAUCAAAAAUUACUCGAUAUUGAUCCUGCCAAAAUAAACGUUCACGGCGGAGCAGUUUCACUUGGACAUCCUAUAGGCAUGUCAGGUGCAAGGAUCGUAGUUCAUCUGGUACAUGCUCUUAAAACAGGCGAGAAAGGUGUUGCAUCAAUUUGCAAUGGAGGCGGCGGCGCAUCAUCGAUUUUGAUUGAGAAAUUGUAAAUUUAUAAAUAAUGUGGUGAUUAUGGCUGUCACUAAGCACGAAUCAUUAAAUGAUGGGUGAUUAUUUUUAUCGUUAAUGAUAUAAAUUAUAUGUAUUAAAAA